UGGCGCUAUUCAAAAUGGCGUCUUACAUAACGUAUAAUUUCUGCUUGACAAGCAUUUUUGGCAUUUUCUAGAACGAUUGCAGUUCAUUGAUCAUUUCAGUGAAGUAUUCUGAUAAAGACACACUGCCUAGGUAUUACACUGAUUCAAUGACAGAUAUGUGGAAUGCAAAUGAGAAAACAAGGUAUGCAAGACUGAGUGGUGCUGAUAGUCUGGGAGCACAUUCUGCUGGGUCAUCGCAGUCUCAGGCAUCAACGGUCAUUGCUGCGGAGCGCGGCAGGAAGUCAUCAGGCAUGUCGUCAUCCCAGGUAGGGUCUUCGGUUCAUUCCAUACGAGAACGCAGUCGAAGUCCAGCAACAGGAUCAAACAAGCCCCCACAGCAUGCUACAACAAAGAGCACAAAAUCUAAGCAUUCACACAGUAAAACACAGAAGGACAAAGAAAGAACGUUAACUACUAAAGGCCGGCCGUGCAAAGAACAUGUCUUCCUUACUGAUGUUGCCGAUGUGAGACAGAUGGAGCAAGGUCUUUUACAAAUGUUAAAUGACUUCCACUCAGGUCGACUGCAGGCGUUUGGUAAGGAGUGUUCUUUUGGGCAUAUGGAUAAUGUCAGAGAUUUACAAGAAAAGCUAUCACGAUUACAUUUUGAUUUAGACAAUCAACAGCAAACACAUGGACUAGGUUCAGAUGAAGCUAAGGAAGCAGCAAAUGAACACAUGGAGCAACUACUACUAAAUCUUGAGCAACUAAGUUCAGCAAUUCAAAGCCUUCACCCAAAUGAAGGAAACCCAUCUGGCUCCGCUGCUCACUAAGACCAGAAUUUAUUUUUGGUUCGUCAAUAUUAUAUUUCUUUGAAAUAUAAUAUAAGGGAGUGCAUAAAAACGAUCACUUUUUUUUAAUAUAUUAGGAGACAUUAGGUGUUUUGUUGGGCAGCCGUGGAUUGUAUGUGAAUAUCUCACACUCCUAUCAUGUCAUGGAUUCAGGGCUAGCUAUUAUGUCACCGAUGGAGUGAGUGGCUGAGAUGUAUCAGCUUUCUGCACGACUGUAGGAAUAUAUAACACAAAUCUCAUCAUAUAUCUUGUCAUCAGGGAGAAUGUCAUCUGUCUCACAUUUCUUUCGGAGAAAUAUCAAAUUAUUUAUUGACCAACUGUGAUUGUCAAUACAUUGUUUUUAUUAUUGGAAUUAUUUUUUCUAAAGUAGCGAGUAGAUACUUGCCCUUGCUUGUACAAAAUGUUAGAGGGCAGAAGCUCAUAAAAAAUAAAACCCAAGUCAAGUAAAUAUUCAGAAGUAUAUAGACACCUAUCCUUGCACUUGUACACAAACUAAUUCCCAUUGAUUGCUGGUUCAUGUAUGCUUCUGUUAUGAAACACUUCAAAUAAAUCAAAUACUUA